GCAUGGGCGCACCUUCUGAUAUUAUUGAUAGCUUAUUACAUGUUCUUGUAUCAAAUGUUCUUAUCAACAAAGGUCAAACAUAACAGUAAUGCCAAAAUGGCCACCUUUGUUGUGAUUUGGUGUUUUCUAACAAAUUUUGUACUUGUUUCACGAUGCCAAGUGUCCUUAUUCCAAAACCUGGACGAACACGAAGAAAGAAUAUCCCUGCUGGAAACUUCCAUUGCGAAUGCAACGUCCUGCUGUAGUGCACUCAAAAAGGAAAAUGAAUUGAUAAAGCUUCAAAACCAACAGUUAAUGUCAUUGGUGCAAAAUCUUUCAAUACAGAUGGCAGCAUUUCAACAAAAUGCUGUUGCCUUCACAACUGAGUCAACAACAGUAACCAUGACAACACAAGCUCCUCCUCCACCUACACUCCCGAUGUCAACAACAACAUCUACCAUGCCCACUCCAGCAGUUCCAUUCACGUAUCGUGAUUGUGCCGACUGGGCAGCAAAAGGGGAGACAAAUAGCGGGGUCUACCAAAUAGAGCUAGGAGGAAGUGCAAAAGAAGUCUAUUGUGAUUUAUAUCAUGACGACGGACGUUGGACGGUUAUACAACGACGCCAGGAUGCAUCAGUCAAUUUUAAUCGAAACUGGACUGAUUACAGAGAUGGGUUCGGGAACCUAACUUCAGAAUUCUGGCUCGGAAAUGAGGCUAUACACAAACUAACAGCUGCCGGAAAUAACGUCCUCAACAUCAAGCUGAUGGAUUGGUCGGGAAACAUCGUGACGGCAGAAUACAGGGAUUUUCGUUUGAGUCCAGAGAGUACGGAUUACAGACUCUCGGUUGGGAAAUACACAGGAGAUGCGGGGGAUUCCCUUAACUACCCUCAGUCCAAUCUUCUACGUCAUAACAAUCAGAGAUUCAGCACCCCGGAUCGGGAUCGCGACAACUCUUUUAUGAACUGUGCCAAGCGUCUGAAAUCGGGAUGGUGGUUUAAUUCCUGCUACAGCUCCAAUCUGAAUGGCGAAUUUCUAAAAGGAUCCCCUUAUGGGCCUAGGACAACGGGGGAAAUUGCUGGGGAUCCCACACUUGAGGGAACUGGUAUCGAAUGGUAUCCAUGGAAACAUAAACAGUACUCAAUGGCGCGUGUGGAGAUGAAGAUUAGACCAGCAUAAUGGAUUUUUUUACAACUAAAGCUCAUUUCUUUUCCAAGAAAAUAGUUGUAUCAUUUUCUUAAAUGUUCUUAGA